GGAUACAACGUAAACAAACUUUUGUUGACUCGAAAAUGUGUUAAAAUGUACUCGAAAGUGAAGAUAAAAUGACUGUAAAGUGAAGUGGAAUAUGGCUGCUAAAAUUCUUGUUAUCGCUUGGGCGGCCUGUGUCGCGUUGCCAUUGGCAACGGGCCAUCUGAACGUGCUCAUCAGCCAAGCUGAAGUGAUGAAGCUGUUAGGUCUAGACGCAGAACUGUACUACGUGAGAGAGGGCGUGGUGAACAAGUACGCGACCAGCUUCAUAGUACCCGUGCCCGCUCAUAUCGCCGACCUGCAGUUCAUGUGGCAAGCGCUCGGUGAUACACCCUUGCCGUACGUGAUGGGUAUAGACUAUGAGAGCCGAGGCGCCAUGCUGCCGCCGCAAGUCAAUAUCUCUGAGAGGGGGUUUGUGCCUACUACGCUGCAGACUUUCAGGGUUCGUUUACCAUGCACGGGUACCAGGAGUGCAGAGAUACUAGUCACUAUGCAACUGAACAUAUCAGCCCCGGACCGCGCGCACAAAGACGUGCGGUUACUAUUCAAGAGGAACAAGAUUUGUUUGAAAGGUCUAUCAACAGUAGUAACCCACAACGAAACAGCGCGACUCGCGGGCGACGCGUCACAAACUACAGGGGGCAUGCUAUUCGCGGCCGGGGGCUGUGCCGCGGCUGCGCUCGCGCUGCUCACUGCCGCUGCCGCUGCGGGCACCUUGUAUAAGCGAGGCAGUAAGGCGAGGCAUCAUGAUUCUAUUCACACGUCAUACACGACAGCGGCAUACGGCAGUCAUCAGAAUGUUCUCCUCAGACUUGACACGCUAGGAAGACCACCGAGCUCCACUGGAUCCUACGCCACUAUAGCAAGCUUACACAAGUUUCCUUUCGGCAGUCGCCGGUCACCAUCGCCGUACGCGACCACGCACAUAGGAGAGCAUGUCUACGCGAAACCCGAGUCCAGGGUGUCAUAUUACGCUGCCUCUAACCUCACACAUGUUUCUCAACAAACAUUAACAAAAGACCGCAUCACCGACCCAGCGGAACAGCUCCGUCUACUCACAACUCCUCGGUCCAACAUCCGAUUGGAGAUACUGGUGCACGAGGGGACCUUCGGAAGGGUCUACAAGGGAGUCUUCAAGAGAGGCGACACCUAUGAGGAGGUCGUUGUGAAGACUGUUACAGAUGCGGCAUCAGCGAUGCAGGCCGCGUUACUUGUGGCCGAAGGGUUGCGACUGUUCAGCUUGGUGCACACAAAUGUGCUCACGCCGAUGGCUGCGUGCGCUGAGGAGGCUCGCAAGCCACUUUUAGUUUAUUGCUGUCCUUCUCAUUCUUCGAAUCUUAAAAGGUUCCUAACAUCUUGUCGGCUAGGCCACCAAGCGGCCCCCGCGACGAGAGAGCUGGUAGAUUUAGGAGCGCAGGUGGCUUGCGGCCUGGCUUACUUACAUGUGCAGAGGCUGGUUCACGCCGAUAUCGCUGCCAGGAACUGUGUGGUGGACGAGAAACUAAGGCUGAAGGUGACAGACAACGGUCUAUCAAGGGACCUAUUUCCUGAUGACUACCAUUGUCUGGGUGACAAUGAGAACAGACCUGUCAAAUGGAUGGCUCCAGAGACGCUGCUGCAAAACCAGUACACCACGGCUUCUGAUGUGUGGUCAUUAGGAAUAACUCUAUGGGAGCUAGCAACUCUUGGAGCAUCACCACUGGCUGAGCUCGACGCUGCUGAUGUAGGAGCGUUCCUGAGUGGGGGGUACCGACCUUCUCAACCUCAUAACUGUCCUGAUGAAUUGUACGGUCUAAUGUCCUGGUGCUGGACUCUCGCUCCUCCGGCCAGGCCGACAGCUCCUCAACUCCUCGCAGCGCUACACGACUUCAGGCAAGCUCUCAGCACUUACAUAUAGAUCUAGAACAAUCUACUAAAUUUAUGGGGCCAUUGUCUUUUUAAGUGCAGAAAAAAAUGUUGCAACCUUGGACAGAUGAUCUCGAAACUUUCGAAAGAAAUUCCAACAUUCGAAUAGAGGACCUCUUUUUUGGGAAGUCGGUUAAAAACUCUUUUAUAAGUGAUUGGGAGACAUGGCAAAUAGUUUUGUCAUUUUGUGACGAAAAAGUAUUCUGCGCUUAUUUUAACAAUGGCCCUUAUACUACCAAAGUUUUCAACACACAAAAACUAGUCUUAACAAUACUUGUCAAUUUCUGAAAAUUCUUGGCACAACUAUACUUUCUUUUUUCUUCGAUACCAAAGUGCCUGCCAAAGUAUCAAAAUUAGUCGCCGCAGUAUAAUUUAGUGAAGAAAUAUUUUAUGUUGGUGUUUUUGAAUAAGUCGUAAAUUAUUUUUGUUAAAAUGAUAAUUUCAAUAAAAAUAAGAGAAAUAAUAGAAACUUGAAGUUAUGAAUAUAAACCUUGUAAAUGAAUCAAUGCAUGCUACCGUUAGGAAUUGAGGUGAAUGUAUAUUUUCAAAUGAAAUAUAAAAGUGAUAUAAUAUGUAUUAAUUAAAUCAUAAUUUCUUAGGAACGACUUUGAGGAAGCUAGGUGAAAGAAAUAUUAAUUACUCUAAUACCAAAUAGGUUAAGACAGUGUUUAUAAAAUAAUUUAGCACAAACAUUUAUGGAAUUUAACGGUGUACAGAUAUUCUUAAAUAUCGAAACUGGUAGGAAAAAUAAUCUGUCUAGAAUUAAGAUUCCAAAUCAAAGUGAAAAUAACGAUAUAUUAGGCACUCCAAGAUUCAGAUGAUCGAAUCAGAAAAUACCUUAUCCAGAAUCUAAAAAAUAAAAUUUCCCUUAAAUUGAUUUUAGAAUCAAAAAUAAUUCUAAGUGUGUACAUACUACUGACUCGAUGCAAAAGGAAUUUAAUUUUUGAUUAGACGACGCUUAUAAAUAAUUGCUAAAAUUAAAACUUUCUUCUACGAAACUGUACAUAUAGGACACGACCAUAAUAUUAAACAAAAUUAAUUUGUGCUUAGCAAUUAAUAAAUAUUUUUAUUCAAGGAUCAAUAAAAUAAUAAACUUGUGUUCCGUUAAGCAAAUAUGUAAACUCUCCACAAUUACUUUUUCUAUGCUACCGUAUAUAAAUUAUUUAAUACAAGCGUUUUAAACAAACAAAACACAUGAUAAAAACACGAUAGAAAACUAUCCUGAUUAUGUAUAAUGACCUUUUUUCUUUCAUAAAAAAGAAAGGAACAUUAUUAUCUAUCCAGUUCCUGAAUUCAAACGCUUGUCAGAUCUCACUCAAUCAACAAUCUGAUUUUUAAAAAAAAUUUAUUUUAAACCAAAGAUGUACCUACCAUUUAUUUAUAAAAUAGUACUAUCUAUUUUAAAUGUAAGAAAAGAGCCAAAAGGCAUUUAAUUUAAGCUGCUAAUCCAUAAGUAGAUUAAGUUUAAUGUUAGGUUCCUGAGGACUGUCAGUCCGUCCAGGCCAGCAAAAAGGAUCAAACACCAAAACAGUAGUUAGUUCACGGCUUUGUAACGAUUGGCUUCAGCGAAUUUAGACUUUAUUGUGUCAGCGUUAGGUUGAAAUUCCAUUGAGUUGUAUUUAUAGAGCGACUGAAUAAUGUUGAUCCUUACGUGUGCAAUAUAUCGGUAGAUUUAUUUGUAGUCCCAAUUUAUUUAAUCAAAGUUACCUAUGAAGUAUGAAUUUAUAUUAUUAUAAACUUAGUACGGUAUGGUUGUCUAUUAUUGUUUAUAAAUUCUUUGAAGCCAAAAUUAAAGCAAGCCUGAACCAGAAAUAUUCGUCUAUUAUACCACAAUUAUAAAUAAAAACAUAGAUAUUAUACUGUAUUCAAAUGUGUGUUAUAGUUAAAAUGGAAUCUGAACAAUGAUAGUGUAAAUAUUAAAAGAUAUUCGGUAAUAUAAAUAUUUUUUGUACUAAGGAAAUGUCGAGACUUGUGGAGUAGAUGUCGAUUUGGAAAUUAUUCUUAGUAAAUUAGUAAUUCAUUAUCACUCGUCUAUCACGAAUCACGAAAAAAAAAUGAAAAUAUGUGACGUACUUAAAAUUUUUACUCUAAAAAGUACACUCUCAAACUUAAUUUUACAAAAAUAAAUAAAAUUAUUAUUAUUAUUGACUAAUCUACUCUUCCCUGUUUUUUGUUAAAGUUUUCUAUAGGUAAUCUGGACUUUCUACAGUUUCCUUACUGAUAGAAUUAUUAUAAUAACUUGUUUUGUUGAUGCCUACUUAGCUUACAAUAAUUUUUGUUUCAUAUUAUACCUCAAUAUACGCUGUUUCUGUUGUAACUAGCAUUUUAGCUUUUGUUGACGCAUUUAUUUUAUGUUUCGAAAUAAUUAAUGAAAUAACUGUUUUAAAGCUGUGAGCUCAAUAUUAAUAAUUUUUAAAUCCUGUUUUAAAGAUUUUUUUUUCAAAAGUAUCAAGAUCCCUGUAGCUGUGUUUUUUUCUAAAUUGUGUAAGUAUGUAUAUGCCAUCUAUAUAUUAUGUAUACUGUAUCAAACGCGUUAUGGAUAAAACAGGGUGGAAAACUCUUAGGCAUUAUAAUGCAUAUAGACGUGUUUAUUAAAAUAUGUUGCGCUUUCAAAUUAGCUGACAAUUUUGACAUUUCUGCUAUUGUAAUAUCGAUGUUGUGAAAUAUAAUCUUAAUGUUUUCUUUAAUAAUUGGAUUUUUGAUUGAUAAAUCAAAUAGAUGUUUCCUGUUGUCCACGAUUAAAUAAAACAAUAGUGUCAUUUAACAUUUUAAAAACACUGUAUCAUAAAAUUACUAGGAUAAAUGUCAUUUGUAUCUCAUAGAUGUCGCUAGAAUACUAAAAUAUUCAGAUAGGAAAUAAAAUUGUCUUAGUCUACUUUUUAAAAGGUGGAUGUUAAAAAAACAUAUUUUCUUCUGUCCUAAUCUUUUCCUACAUUUACCCUUGAUUGAAAAGGAUAUUUUUUUAAAACAUCACUCGAAAUAUAUAUUUAAAUAUGACGAAUUAUUUAAUGUGUGAAGUAAAAAUGUAUGAAAAUGCGUCAUAAUGACUCGAGUGCCAGAUGAAUGUGAUUUUGUAACUUAAUGUUAAUGUGUUUAAAUGUUAAUUAUAAUUAAGUGACGUAACUGUUUAUUUAGUAUUAAGUGGAUGUACGUAUUAUAUAACCAAUAUGGCUUCAAUGAUAAUUAUGACGAACGAAAUAAAAAUGUUAUUUUAUAAUA